AUGUCAGCUGGAUUCGACCUGAAGAUGCUGGAGCGGGACGUGCAGGAGAAGAGACAGCAAUGCGCAGAUACUCGAAGCGGCCGCGGCAAGACUGGGCAAGAAGACAACGUGCGGACGAGUGCAGCAGACAAGGACUUCGGACAUGCGUGGGAGCUUGAAGACCACUUGCAGAUUCUGGACAAGCCGAGCGCUGCGGACGAGCCUCGCGACCGACGCUCUCGCUCACCGCGCCGCCGCUACGAAGACCGCGGCCGGAGCCGAUCGCCAUCUCGCGACUAUCGCCGAGAACGCCGUGACCGCAGCCCACCAGAGAACGGCAACUACGACUCCAGCGAUCGUCGCGCACCACCACGCUCUCACGAGGAUCGACAGCAGAACAAGGAACAAAUGAUGAAGUCGGUCAACGAGUCCUCGCAGCAGGACCGCCGCGUCUAUGUCGGCAACCUCUCCUACGAUGUCAAGUGGCAUCACCUCAAGGAUCACAUGCGCAAGGGCAAGCUGGGACACUUCCCUCAAUACGGCACUCUGGACGUUCUCUUCGCCGACGUACUUUUACUUCCAAAUGGGAUGAGCAAGGGUUGUGGAAUCGUGGAAUACGCUACAAGAGAUCAGGCACAGACCGCCAUCACCUCACUCAGCAACACGCCGCUUAUGGGACGGCUCGUAUACGUUCGUGAGGAUCGUGAGACCGAGCCACGCUUUUCCGGCUCAUCAGCACCAACUCGCGGCGGUGCCGGCGGUGGCCCUGGAUUUGGCGGUGGAUACGGCGGUGGCCGCGGCGGUUAUGGAGGCGGUGGCUAUGGUGGUGGCAUGGGCGGAGGUCCUCCUGGUGGAGCCGGUGGUGCUCGCCAGAUCUUCGUGUCUAACUUGCCAUUCCAAGUCGGCUGGCAGGAUCUGAAGGACCUGUUCCGUCAAGCUGGAAACGUCCUCCGCGCCGACGUUCACGUCGCUCCAGAUGGCCAUCCCAAGGGAUCCGGUAUCGUCGCAUUCGAGACCCCUGAAGACGCUCAGAACGCUAUCCAGAACUUCCACGGCUACGACUGGCAAGGCCGCAUUCUCGAGGUCCGCGAAGAUCGCUACGCAGGCUCUGGUCCAGGAUUCGGUGGUCGAGGUGGAUUUGGAGGCGGUUACGGUCGAGGUGGAUUCGGUGGUGGAGGAUAUGGUGGCCGCGGAGGUGGAUUCGGCGGUCGUGGAGGAUUCGGAGGCGGAUAUGGCGGUGGCAGAGGUGGAUUUGGUGGUGGCUACGGCGGCGGCGGCAACUACGCUGGCGGUCAAGGCGGAGGCAGCUUUGGCGCUGGUGGCAGUGCUACCGCUUCGGUUGUCCCACCAAAUGCCUUCACCGAUGGUGUCCUCUCAGGAGGCGAGCCAGGCCCAGCCAUCCACGUCAAGAACCUGCCAUGGAGCACCAGCAACGAGGAUCUGGUCGAGCUCUUCCAGACCAUCGGCAAUGUCGACCGCGCUGAGAUUCAGUACGAGCCAAACGGCCGCUCGCGUGGUUCCGGUGUUGUUCAGUUCAGCGCUCAGGGUGAUGCUCAGACUGCUAUCGAGAAGUUCCAAGGCUACUCUUACGGCGGUCGUCCCCUAGGUCUCGACUACGCUAAGUACCCAGAUGGCGGCGCCAUGGAGGGUCAGGAGCCAACCGGCAACAUCCAGGAGCAGAUGAUGUAA